GUAAAGGCAUAGGACCACAACAAGAGGGGCAUAUUGAGAGACACCGAAGGGUAGGAACGUGGAGAUAGAAACGAGACAGAAGGACACUGGAUUGAGACAGAGAGACAGUUUUAACUGCAGGGUGAAAGCAGUUUUUUGGUGAAUGGAAGCAGGUGUUAAAGUGCCACAAAGAUCUAUAGGUUCUGGAUGGUGACUGGGACUCGGAGUGCCUGUGUUGGAUUGGAACCCAGUUUGGAUCAUCUAAACCUGGGCUGACGGCACUGGUAGAAGUCCCAGUGAUACACUCCCGGACAUUAUUGCUGUGCAUUUGAGAGGGUCUCGCUGGCGUUGGGGAGGCGUGCUGCACAGACGGACGGACUCACUGGCUGUGUGUGUGUUUGUGGGUGUGUGUAUGUGUAUCUCUGAGUGAUAUCCCCCUAUGUCCUUCUUUUGGUGGCUGUGCGUGCACCAGGGCCCAGUAUAUGGAUAGAAGCUCACUGUUUCAGCUCAUACAAGAGCAGCUGGACCCAGAACAGACUGGUUUCAUAACUGUGGAAAAUGUUACCAGUCUAGCUGAGCAUCAUGAGUUACAGCUGGACCCCAGUAAACUGGAGAUGCUGCUCGCGCUGGUACAGAGCAAUGAACAUGGACACGUCUGCUACCAGGAACUCAUAGAACUGCUGAACAGUAAACGUUCCAGUAGUUUUCGCCGAGCCAUUGCAAAUGGACGUCGCACACUGCAGCGAGAGAUCCUAUUGGAUGAGACGGGACUGGGGGUGUAUAAGCGCUUUGUGCGCUAUGUGGCUUAUGAAAUUCUACCGUGCGAGACGGACCGACGAUGGUACUUCCAUCAGAACAGGCUCUGCCCACCGCCUGUGUUUAUGGCCAUCAUAACUAUUGCACAGAUCAUUGUGUUUAUGUGUUAUGGAGUGAUGCUGAAUAAAUGGGUGUUGCAAACAUACCAGCCAGAUUUCAUGAAGAGUCCGCUUGUUUAUCAUCCCAGGCACCGGGCACAGAUCUGGAGAUUCUUCAGCUACAUGUUCAUGCAUGUUGGAUUAGAGCAGCUGGGCUUCAAUGCUCUUCUCCAGCUGAUGAUUGGAGUUCCGUUAGAGAUGGUUCAUGGGAUCCUGAGAAUCAGUCUGCUGUAUAUGGCAGGAGUCGUCGCUGGUUCAUUGACGGUGUCCAUCACGGAUAUGCGAGCGCCGGUGGUGGGCGGGUCCGGCGGGGUCUAUGCACUUUGCUCAGCACAUCUCGCUAACGUUGUCAUGAACUGGGCAGGUAUGAAGUGUCCAUACAAACUGCUACGGAUGAUUCUUGCACUGGUUUGCAUGAGUUCUGAAGUGGGCCGGGCCGUAUGGUUACGCUUCUCCCCGCCCCUUCCCUCCUCCGGGCCACAGCCCAGUUUCAUGGCACACCUGUCUGGCGCCGUUGUGGGCAUCAGCAUGGGACUCCUUAUCCUACGCAGCUACGAGGAAUCCCUGCAUAAACAGUGCUCCUGGUGGGUCCUCAUCUUCUCCUUCAUCACCUUCCUCCUCUUCGCCAUCUUUUGGAACAUUUUCGCCUAUGAAUUGCUCGGGGUACAAAUCCCGCCCCCUCCCUGAUGACACGCCUCCCCAGUGGCUAAGAAGCCACGCCCCCAGAUCUCGGUCUAAAACAGGUCCGACCUCAAUAUACUCCACUAGACCAGCGCUGGAGAAAUGGACAUGAAAACAAGCAGGAUUUGAAACGGCGCAAAAUGAGAAACAUACUCACAUUCCAUACAGUAACAGUACAAAACGGCGUGAUAUUUUUAAUAAACACUUCGAGGCAGCUCAAGAGUCCAAUGAGCUUAUUUGAAAAGACUGUCAGUACUUAGUCUUACAACAAAAACAUACACAAAAAACACACACACACACAUCAGAUUUGUUUUCUUCUUUCUUCUGUGUGUAUUUCAGCCUAAGGCUCAUUCACGAUGCCUUUUUUUGAUUUGUUUUGUUUUGAUUUGACAGCCUCAUCUAAGCCUGUUAUGCAUUACAGAUAUGAUCCGUAUGUUUGAAGAUACGGUCCUCGUAGAGGUAUGAGGGAUUGUUGAUAUCAUUUGAUAGUGUUUGUUGUCGAAAAUUAUGGCUCGUAUAAGUAGCGUUCUUUCAAGGUAGAAAUUGUGAACAAAAUCACGUUUCUAAAGACCUGAAGUUUGAAAUUUUUGUUUAUGUUAUCGUUAGCUGUACACACACACACACACACGCAAACACCAAGGCCAAGAAACAAGAGCUCUGUUUCAAAACAGUGAGCUGCCUACAUAGGCGGCAUUUUAAGGUAUCGUAGGCACGCUUACGAUGCAAAGUUUCAGAAGUUAUGGCCAAAUUCUAAGACACCAUCGCAUAGAUUCAUCGCGAAUAUAGCAAUCCCAGAAUGCAUUGAGGGUGAAAAAAAGUCGUCCAAGAUGGUCGACAAGGCGAGAUAGGUCGACUGGGAUUUUGCCGAUACCGAUAACUAAGCUGACGGAAAAGGUAGAUAACUGAUUAAUCGGCCUAUAGUUUUUAAAAAUGGAUUUAUAGAAUGUUGGAAAACAUUCUUUCUUUACUAUGGCGGGAACAAACAUUGAGGCAUCAAGAGUCCAAAAUAAAUAAAAUCCCAGAUGCAGUUUAUUGUGCAUGCAGAAUCCCCAAAAUAACUGGAAAAAAUGAUUUGUUGCAGAACGUGGAACUUUCAAGUAAGUAUGAAAUAGGCUAAAAUACACCGGGGACUCUUAUUUUGAAAUGUAUCUGCUUCCAGCUCACACAAACACAUAAGGGAAACAAAACAUGCGCUUACAAUCAUCUACAAUGUGUUAAAAUGUAAACACUAUCAAGCAAACAUUGUGAUAUAGACUAAUAAAUACUGUAUGAGCAGUAAUUCAUUUUUGCAAAUAAGCAAAAGUUCCAAAAUCAAACUGAUGAAUCUGUAAAACCUAUAUGUCAAUUGAUCUCUAGACGCAUAUAAAAAAAUAAUCAUUUUACCCAAAUUGACCCAAUUGUCUAUGCUUAUUAGCUUAUCGUGUCAUUAGCUUACUCUAUAGAAAUCAAUUGCAGUGUCAAGUCUCCCGUUAUUUUUAUAAUUCACUGAGAUGCUGCCGAUGUAGGUCAUUCCAGAUCACUUAUCGGGUUCCAUUACAGGUAGGAUGCUGCCUUUUAAUCAGUAGACAGCAAGGCAGCUCACUAGGUUUUGGAACAGAGUACAUAUCUGGCCCUUCAUUUUUAAAUUCACAAAUAUUUCCAUUGCACAUUCAAACGCAAGUUAGUAAGGAGUUAACAAGCAAAAAACAAAAAACAAAAAAACAAAAAAAAAGACAAUACUGCAGCCAAUUUGUUUGUGCCACACAGUAAUUAUUUCUUUAGUUAUUGCAGUGCAGGUAACAGUUGUUAUGGUAACUGCAGUAUCAUGAGGUACAUUUGACAGAGAAACGGAUGUCACGACCACCAAUCUUAAAGGAAUAUUCCGGGUUUAAUACAAGUUACGCUCAAUCAACAGCAUAUGUGACGAUGUUGAUUACCACAAAAUAAAUGCUGACUUGCCCUACCUUUACUUACUGAGGCACUUACAAUGGAAGUCAAUGGGGCCAAUCCGCAAACGUUAAAAUACUGUUUCAAUAGUAUAGCCGCAAGACAUAAACAAUAUGUGUGUUAACAUGAUUUUAGUGUGAUAUAAAUCACUUACUAACCUUUUCAGUGUAAAGUUAUAGCCAAUUUUACAACUUCAUCGCCAUGACGAUGUAAUGUCAACAAACCCUAAAAUGACUGUAAAAAUGAUUUAAACAACUUACAGCUCAAAUAUUACAUGAGUUUUAACAGGGAAUUAAUGUAAGUGCUUUUACAAAAAUUAUAAGCUUCACAUUUCUGCCUUUGAACUCUCCAAAAAUUGGCCCCAUUGACUUCCAUUGUAAGUGCCUCACUGUAACCUCCAUACUUGUUUUUUUGUUGUUGUUGUUUUUUUUUUAAAGAAAAGGAAGGACGAGUCAAAUACGUUUUCGUGUUAAUCAACAUUAUGCCACAAAUGCUGUCGAUUGAGCUUAACUUGUAUUGAAACUGUAAUAAUACAAAGUCUUGUUAAAAAGUCAGUCUGCCAGUGAGGGUUGUCUUAGAUAAUAAUAAUAAGAAGAAGAAGAAAGAUCAUAACUGGAUUUUAUAGGAAUGUUUACUUUUAUCCUCAUGUUCAUUACCAGAUUGCAAAAGUAUACAAAAGGUAAACACUGGAGUACUUUAUGAUGACAGCAGUGCCCUUAACUCUUUGGCUAGAAACAUACUUCACAAAUGUAUGCUAACAUGGAUGCUAACACAUUGCAAGCGCACUGUGCUUUUGAACAAACUUGACGUGUGUUAUUGUGUUACUGUGGCAGUAACAAAUCUCAGUACUCAAGCGGGUGAUAGUUAUCUAUCAUUCAGGUAGCUAGCUAUAAACACCAACAGUUUCUCAGUAAAAUUGUCUUCAAACUCUUUACUUUGAACUCUUUUUAAACUCUUUUUAAACUGACCAUAGAGUAGGAGAGGACCAUUUACUGUACACUUCAGCAGCACCCCUUGUGGCAACAGGGUGUAAGUGUACUUGCAUUGCAUUAUGAAUUGCCUUCACGUACUUGAGUGGAGUAUAUUUUGGACCUUAGACAAAGCAAAUAAUUACAAAUUCUGUAGUGCCAAGUUGUCAUUCGCUAAGCUGCUAACAAGAUAAUUAAAAGGAAUUAAUGACAUUGUUAAAGAAAUGUUUAUAUAAGAGUGAUAUGUUUGGACUUGAUUUCUUUUCAUUUUCAAAAAGCACAACAGUAUGUUGAAGUCUUUAAUGUUGUGGAUUUCAUGCCAUAGGCUUAUAUUUAUAUUUAUUCAGAGUGGCUAUCGUUGUUGGAUUGUGGCUUCUGUACAGAUUGUUUUAAAUACUGAGGGGUGUGAUGAUGCAAAACCCAUGCAAACAGAAAGUGCUGGAAGAUUUAAAGCAAAAAACCCAAAUGAACAAUACAAAAUGUUUAAUUAUAAAUUCUCACUAUCUGUGCUGUGCCCAAAGGUCAUGGUAAUAUAUUAUAACACAUUCAUGCUUUUGAGGGAACAUGAGUUAUGUGAAUAUUUUAAAGUCAACAUAAAAUGGUGUUUGUGUCCCAUAAAACAGGAUAUAAAAGAAGAAAAAAAGAUGUAGUGCGGGACUUGAUUUUACCCAUGAGAUAUUGAUUGGAUUUUGAAAAGUGGGAAUGAUGUACCAGAAUGGAGCCAGAUUUUUGGAGAGGAAGAGUUGAAAAUGAAAGUUCGCAAAAGGGAAAGUUGUUUCAGAGGCGGAGCAAGUUUUUUAUUAUUACAAUUUUAUUUAGAAGAUUACAAAGACAAGCAUUUUUUCUUUGGAAUAGGCCGAAAGUUCAACUGCUGAAAUCGGUCUGUGCUUACCGAAACUCGAAUCACUGCCUCCAGUGGCCGAAGCUGGAAGUGUUGUUAAACAUAUGGGCACAUGUUAGCUUCAGAAAAGCAACAUGACGAUUUCCCGUGAGAUCAUGUUGCAUGAGUUGAGCGCACAGUAAGACCAGGAACGUGUUAUAAAAAAUUAAAUAUGGUCGAUUUUGAUUUCAUGUUGACUUUAAAUGUUCUGAUUCAGCAUGUAAUGAUGUGUCAGAGCGAAAUAUACAGUACUGUAUAAUUCCUGUUAUAUCCACUUGGCUGGCUCUUUUGGACAGGUGAAAAAUGAAAAGCUUAUGAAAAUGUAUGAGACAUGCACAUUAACAGUGAGAAAUAGAGAAAUAAAUGUUAUUAAAAAAAAAAAUAAAAAAAAGUGAAAAGCCAUGUGGAUAUGUGAGAUAUUGCUAAAAUGAUGGAAAACUGAGAGAGAACAGCAAAUGAUGGAUCCAUUAUUUUGAUUAUUAGAACACUCAUCAAACAGAUGCUGGAAUUGUGUGUGUGUGUGUGUGUGUGUGUGUGUGUGUGUGUGUGUGUGUGUUGUGUCUGUAAGUGUGUAUAUGUGUGUGUGUGUGUGUGUGUGUGUGUGUGUGUUGUGUUGUGUGUGUGUGUGUGUUGUGUCGUGUGUGUGUGUUGUGUGUGUGUGUGUGUGUGUGUGUGUGUGUGUGUGUGUGUGUGUGUGUGUGUGUGUGUGUGUGACCUGCUUUAAUGUGCUGUAUGACCAUUGCUGGUUUUCAGACUGUUACAGUGUGUGAUUAUUAGAACACUCAUCAAACAGAUGCUGGAAUUGUGUGUGUGUGUGUGUCUGUGUGUGUGUGUUGUGUUGUGUGUGUGUGUGUGUGUGUUGUGUGUUGUGUGUGUGUGUAUGUGUGUGUGUGUGUGUGUGUGUGUGUGUGUGUGUGUGUGUGUGUGUGUGUGUGUGUGUGACCCGCUUUAAUGUGCUGUAUGACCAUUGCUGGUUUUCAGACUGUUACAGUGUGUGUCUGAAUGUGUUGUUUUAAUGAGUGUAAGAAACACUCAGCACAGCCUAAAACAGUUGGGCUGUGUUUGGAAUGUAACACUAGUGUACUUGUUACUGCAUACUGUGCAGUAUACUGUAUACUGCUUACUUUUUUUUUUUAUAGUAUGUAAAACAGUGUGCAAUGGAUAAAUACUGCACAAAUAUUACGAGUAGUAUGGUGGUGGCAUGCUGUUCCAAAAACAAUCUAAGCAAAGUCCUCUUGAAACUGUGAAUGAACCUAUUUACCAAGGACCUCCCCUUCUAACCCCACCCACUUUAUGUCCCAGCCAAUAGCGGCUCUGGUAUCUCAUACUUAACAUCAGUAGCUGGCCAGUCAGCACAGAUCAUGGUGUUGUGCGUUGAUUUUUCCAUGCUGUUGUAGGUGUAGGUUCGCAAGAGUGUUGCUUUGAGAUCAUCGCUGUAUUCCAGUGAGAUCGUUUGUGUUGCUGCCACAACCGUAGUCCUACUGAGAAAUGUAGUCCAUUUACAGAUUUUCAAAAUGGUGCCAAAAUACGAGAGAUGACGUCUCGUUGCAGUAAAAUAUGCUGUUUACAACAAGAAAAUUAAACUCAAAAUAUAUUAAGGCUAUUAGUUUUCUCUGGAUCAGAUGAAAAUUAAAAAAGAUGUAAAUAUUGAUAGUUUCUAUCAAAUUCUUUGUUAUCAUUUCAUGAUGUAUUGUACUUCUAAAAUACUGGGACAAACUGAAGCAAUUUUGUUUUUGUAGUUUUAUUUUGUGUGGUUUUGUGUUUGCUUUCAUUUCUCAGCUGUAUGAAAUAAAGAUCAUACUGUGAGGAGACAUCUGUCUGUGUGUGUGUGUGUGUGUGUGUGUGUGUGUGAGU